UUUAUCAGAGGCCAGUGUUGAUCCAACCGCGGCAUAAAUCGGACGUCACAAACGCGCUUAACAAUUUAACUCGUGUGUAUUUUUACAUUUAUCAUUUCGGCCUUCACGUAGUUUUGAUUUGGUAUUUGAACGAUCACGUAAACAACAUGUCACUGGUUGUAGAGAAUGGUCACAAGGAGCGGGUGAACGGUCACAGUGUAUACGUCAACGGGAAGAACAACGGGACACAUGUAAACGGAGUGAACGGAACACACGUGAACGGAGUGAACGGUGUGAAUGGAGUGAACGGGGAAGUGCCUUGGGAGAAGCAGUUCCUACCCCCAGCGUUGGAUAUCGAUGAUAGAGCGCAUGCUUUGGCGGUGGAGUCCAGGUUAUCCAGUCUUGUGUUAUGUGGCGCCACCUUGCGGAAAGUUGGCGAAGUAUUCACACGGGAAAUUGAAAAUGGCCUCAGUGAAAGACCAUCCAGCUUGCAGAUGGAAAACACAUAUAUUCCUGAACUUCCUGAUGGCACAGAGGAAGGUGUGUUCCUAGCACUAGAUCUGGGAGGUACAAAUUUCCGAGUGCUAUUCUUAGAACUGCGGGGAGGUCAGCUGGUGCGAGAGGAUGUCAAACAUUAUCAUAUCAGUGAUGCUUUACGGCUUGGAACUGGGGAAGAGCUUUUCAACUUCCUCGCAGACUGUGUGCUUGAUUUCCUACGUUCAGAAGACAUGGUAGACCGUGAACUUUCUCUAGGAUUCACAUUUUCGUUCCCCAUGAAGCAGCACUCCAUAUCAUCUGGCGAGCUGAUAACCUGGACCAAGAGCUUCAAAUGCAGUGGGAUGGAUGGAGUGGAUGUGGCUGCUUUACUCCAGAGCUGUUUGCGGGAGAGAGGCCUGAAGAUAACCGUGCAAGUGCUGCUGAAUGAUACCACGGGGACAUUGGUAGCUGGUGCCCAUAUGGACCCUGAUGUUGCUGUGGGUGUGAUCCUCGGCACAGGGUCCAACGGCUGCUAUAUGGAGCGGGCAGACAGGGUCAAACACUGGGAAUCAGCUCAUGAGAAGGUCCACGACGUCUGUGUGGAUAUCGAGUGGGGCGCGUUUGGAGACAACGGGUGUUUAUCCUUCCUUAGGACUGAGUUCGAUAACGAGGUGGACAGCAAUUCGUUGCUCGCUGCUUCUUUUACUUUCGAGAAAUACAUCGGUGGGAAAUAUUUGGGAGAAAUUCUGUGUGCAGUGCUGAGUGCGUUGGCUAGAGAUGGUCUAUUUGCUGCGGAGCCCACUAAAGGGGAAAUACUGUCUGCACACGUCAGCAUGUUUGAAGAAGACAACCUGAGCGGCGACUGGCAGCGCACAGCAAACGCGCUGUGCGAAGCGUGCGCGGGCGCACAAAUAUCGCGAACCGACGCGCUUGUUGCGCAACAUGCGGCGCGAUUGAUCUCCAACCGUGCUGCGCAACUUGUGUCUGUUUGCAUAGCAACAAUCCUGAAGCGCAUGGACCGAGCGCACGUGUCGGUGGCGGUAGAUGGAUCUGUAUACAAAAAGCACCCUCGCAUCAGGUAUCUUAUGGACAAAUACGUCGCUCUAUUGGCUCCUCAUCAUAAGUUCACAUUAUUGGGCGCUGAAGAUGGAAGCGGCAAAGGGUCUGCAUUAACAGCGGCCAUUGCUGCCAGAGUUGCGGCAAGGAAAUCCUAGCUAUUUAACUAUGAAUGAGUGUUAAUAAAGGGUUUACAAAUAAGUACACAUUAGAAUAACUUCGCUACGAAUUUAAAUCAUAUUGUUUUACAAACAAGUACCUAUAGAUGAGAAUAACUUCGCUAUGUAUAGAAAAUAUUUUGUGAAAAGUUCAAAAUUAAUAUUGGUGUAUAGUUUGUAUCUGAUACAAUUUGGCUUAUGUUAUAAUAUAGGCAUGAAAUAAAUACAAACCACUAACUACUUCCUUUCAAAUAAACAGGUAAUUUUUAUUGAACAUUUAACAGUUUCAAUUACAAUAAUCAAACAGAGAAGUUAUUUUCCAACCAUUGUACGACUUGUUCACUAGAAGGAAAGAUAUUUUUAUAUAGCCUAGGACUUUCUCCAAAUUAUAUCUAAUGUAUGUAACAAUGUAGGAUCCGCCAUGUUCGAAUAAAAUAACGAAUGGAAAAUGGGAGAUAUUUAUUGUUAGCAAUGAAAGACUUUGUAGGUUAAAAAGUAUAUUUAUAGGCUAUUUACUGUGAUUUUUGAAGAUUCACCUCGCAGUCCUUUAUUUACGAAAAUUAUGAUAAUAUUUUCAUGUUCGUUUUAAUGUUCGUAAAACCAGUAAAGUUCAUUCUGUGUCGAAUUUAAGCAUUUAAAAGGGACGUUUUAUUUGUGAUAAAACGCUAUCAAAUAUCAAUGUUAAAUUAUUACUAAAAUAAAAGUGUGAAUAUUUGGGUAAAAAAUAAACACGAUUUAUGGAUAAAUAAUCUACCUAACUAAUAAGUACAUUAGUUGGUUUAAAACUGAUAUUUACUGUAAGUACAUAUUAUAUUUAGUGCAUAUUUCAAUAUUUUAUAUGAAGUAAACAUGAUUCCUUUUGUAAGUAAGGUUCGAUAUUUUUACGUCGUAACAGAAAUUAUUGGUAUAUAAUGUAUAAAUUGUAUAGCUAUUGAAAACAAGCGUAAAAUGAUAUUCACCCUUAUUUAGUUACGUAAUUUUAUUAUUAUUAUCAGUGCCAUAAUUAUUGAUAUUUGUAAUUAAUAUCUAGCCGAACUCUCAAAAUAAUAAUUAAAGAAUUUUAAACAUUCUGUUAUUUAUGUCUACCUAUCUUUGAGAAA